GGGAAAAAAAGAAGCCAGUGUCUGGUAAUUCAGUUUUUCCCCUCCUCCUAUUUCCAUACUGAGCUGAAAAAUAUUCUCUGAUUGUGGCGUAUCACAAUAGCCUGUGUCUGGACCUGGUUGCUCUGGGUGAUGGCUACUAAAAGUAUGGUGUGUGAGAGAGGCUUCUGAGAUGUCUCUUCCCAAGGCUGCACUGCUGUCACGGGGCACAGAGGAAUAAAAGAGACAAUUUUCUGGAAGGUAUGGCAUUUCUGUUGUCAGUACUACAUCUGGUUGCCUUAGGAGGGGAUCAACUCACUGCCUCCCUCUCAUGCUACGUUGUUGUUGGCUGAACAACCAGAAAGGUCAUUUAAAGUCUUUUCAGAACUGCAUUUCAAAUGCAGGACCACUCUGCCAGAGAAAGCAGAGGGAACGUACGGUUUUGAUGGAAGAAGGGAGUGGACAUGUUUGUGCAUGCUUCCCACUUCUAGGAAUGAGCUGGUUCGGGGCUUGAGUGACGUUGCUGUUGUGCUGCACUGUUGGUUAUGUUUAAGGAGUGAGCUUUUUCGAAAUGAGUGAAGGCAUUUUAUUUAGCUGUGGUGUGGACUGAAACAGCCACAGUUUGAGGGUUGUUAAUGAAAGCUAGAAGUAUGUGUUGGAGAAGCACACAGCUGUUUUGUAAGGAUGAGGCUAGUUAUAUUACCAGUCAAGCUGACUGUUUAGAUCUCGUUGUAAAGUGUGUGCCAUUGUUAAGCAAAGGAAUGGACAAAGCCUGAUCUUGUCAAUUGUGGAGCACUCCUGAUAGGAUUUAUGCUGCUCUGCAUUUGGAAGUUUGUAUUAAAUAAAGCGCAUGGCUUUGGAGCAACUUCUCAUAGCUCCAAAGUUUUGAAGCAAGAGCAGAAAAGUGUCUUUGAGUAGGAAGUACAGUGAGAAUUAGUGAUGCUGAAAAUAGAAAUUCAAAAUCAGGAGUACCUUAGGACUUGCUCUGGUAAGAUCUGCUGUUGUAAAGCCUUUUUUUUUCACUGUGCUUUUGACUGGGCAAUAGGGGCUAUUCUUCUGCACUGUUCUACCAUUGUGCUUCAAUUCUGCAUCAUUUUGCACACUGCAUAUUGGAUCUUGGUUACUUUAGUUCUGGUCUCAUUCCAACUUAAUUCCUGUCUGCUGAACUGACUUUCUCCUACAGAUGCUUGUCUCUUUAGUCUGUUCCUUCAACUUCCACACCGCACUGUGCCAAAAUCCUCUUCUUGCCAGUCCUGUCUCAGGCUGCUAGUGCUAAGUACAGUUGCAUGACUGUACUUUAAUGCACUUUUUUUUUUUUUUUUUUAAUUUCUUCUUUUAUUCCCUUGGCUCCUCCUACAGUGGUUACAAGAGAUGCAGUUUGAGUUUUCUUUCCGCCAGCUGUGUGCAGGCACUUGGUAGAAUGAAAAAGUGAGAGAGGGAUAAUGGAGAAGGGCACUUGAUGUGGUCAGGGUUGUUGUUCUGGGAUGGGAAGGUGGUGUGAAAGCAAAGGGAAGGAAAAACAACGUUCUCCUUUUCUUCUGCCUUCCUCCAGCUUCCAUUUUUCAGUCUCUCCUGGCAGUAGAUCUGGUAUUUUUUUCCUGAAACUGCUGUUCAGAUUCCUAAAUACUCCAGAACGAAGCUGGUACUUCAUCACAUCUGCUCUGUGAGUCCUUCACAAGAGCAGUGCUCUGUUGCUGUUGGCAAAGCAGAGAGGUGCAGUAAUGGUCUUAGAGCUUUUCUACAGAGAUACAGCAAAGUAAGGGUUUCUCUUUGGAUAUUUAUUGUGGCAGUAGAAUGGGUAAAACCAACAUAUAGUCUGAAUGCAUUCAUGGCAUUUCACUGUGGAAGUUACUUGUUUACCUGGGACAAGUCAGCGGAUAUGUUUUCAAGCUCUGUGUUUUUACUUUUACAAUGAAAUUCUACCUGUUCUAAUUUGCAGUCCUUCUGGUCUCUGUCUAUGACCUUAAGCAUCUUGUGUAUGAUGCCUUAUUUUAUGCUUUAUUUGUUUCUUGCCUUUUCAGUCCAGCACUGCCCAACUGCAGUGUAUUUGGUGUAUGUCAAGAAUUCUUUCUGACACAAUGUAUUUUUCAUCUGUGAUCACAUACAUCUAGGGGGAAAUCUGUGUCCUUCUAUUAAAAGAUAAUGUUUUCAUUAUUACAGUCGUAAUUGAGCCAAGUUGAUUCCUUGUAAAUAACCUGUUUGUUAUUAUCAGAAGGUAGUGCUAUUAUGGUGUCUUGGCCUCUGUAGUGUGUGGCAUUUGUUAAUGCAGAGGGAUUUUCAAAGGCACAAAAGAGGAAUGAGGAAAUAAUUGGCUCUACAUAACCAUUAAGCAUGUGAUGGUUCUGACUUUUCAAUGUUUUGGGAAUUGGUUCAGUCCUGAAAGGUCUAUUUUCUAGAGAAUAGGGAAGGAGGGCAUCACUGAGCCCAGGAUGACCCCUGAUAGCUGAAUCCUCUAAGGUUAACCACCUAAUCAGCUUUGGAAUUGGUUGUUGGGACCAUUAGUUCAUUCCCUUUUGUUGUAUGAUUUCUAUCCUUUGAUAUAUUAGCUGUUGAUUUUCAAAUUUCUGAAGAGAGAAUCACUUAAACUGAACUGUGAAGGUGCGUUUUGCAUAUGGAUGAUGCUGACUACAAAUUCUUCUUUUUUUCCCCCACUUCAGAAUUAGAAGCAAAGUGUACAUGUGAGUUUAUGUAUAUACACACAUGCACACGCAUGCAUAUGAACAAACAUGACAAAAUUUGGUAAAUAUUUAUGCAUGCAGUGUGUGUGUGUGUAUAUAUAUACAGUUAUUUGUUAUGUUACAUUUAAAUGUGUAUACUUGUACAAAAAGAAAGGUAUACACAUUUAAAUUAUUUUCUUUCAAAAUACACUUACAUGAGCUGCAUAUCUUGUAUUUUGAAUAAAUUUCACAUAUAGUGUAAAAUUAAAAAAAAAAUGCAGACCUGCAGGUGACAGUGUUUAUGUAUUGUUGGCAGUGAAUAUCUUGCAAGGCUGAGAGGCUGUUCUCUUCUACACUGAUAGGCUAUAACUCAUUCCUUCUCCUAUUCAUAUUAGCAAGAUGAACUUCAAAGGACCUUGACUGGGGUUGUGAUCUAGUUAGCUGUGUCAAAUUCAUGCCAAAUGUGAAAAAAACAUUACAUGAGGAGUUUGGGCCUCUUCCAGACUCAGCGGGACUUAUCUCAGUGACACCAUGAGUGGCCUUAUUCUUCAGCUUCCAUGACCUGUAUGCUAUUUUAACGAGAACUAAUAUGUUAUUUUUCAUGCUAAUUAGCAUCAAUCUUUUUCAGUGUUGGAAUUUCAGUUUUUGUGUCACGCAAGGGUUGUGGAGUGCAGCUACUUCCAAGUUAUAUUACUUUUAAAAUUGGCUAUAGAUUUGAAUUGCUUGAUCUGCUGAUUAUAUUUUUCUUCUAUCUUAUUAAGAUGUUUGUUGGGAUACACUAGGAGUCACGUGUUGUCUAUAAAAAGCUGUAGAGUUUUGGUCUGUUGAUAAACAUUUGAGUAAUACAAGCUAGUCUAAGACAUACAUAACAUAAGGAAAUGCUUUGCUCUCUCUCUCUCUUUUUUUUUCCAGAAAAUAUACUGCUGUAUUAUAUGCAUAUAAUGGAAGAAGUGAAUGAAGUAUAUCUAAUUUUUUUUUUUCUUCUUUUGUGGUCUGUAAGAUAGGAUAUGCAAUCAAGGAAGCUGUCAUGUCAUAGUUCCAAGAGUGGUGAGAGUUAACACUGUGUAAACAUUAAAAAUUUACACUGUCAGAGAGCAAGUUAAGAUUUUACUAAACUGGAAUGCUGUAGGGGAGCCCUAUGUUUCUGUGCAGCAGCAGUGGAAUCAUUGUAUGAAGGGAAUAGUACAAUACUGUCACGUGUUAUAAUCACAAUCUUGUACCUUGAUAUGUCAGAGAGAGGUAUGUCCUAGAUUUUGGUAUAUCAGGGCUGGACAGACUGGCACUGUCAAUACACUUUACACAUGUGCACAGCUUCAUUUGGGCAAGUAGUCCUAUGUCAAGACUGCUUGCUCAGGUAAAAGUUAAGCCUUUGUAAAAUGGAGUUUUAAGGGCUGUUCCUGCAAUGGGGCAAACUCCAACUAGACCAAGGGCCAUUUAGUUCCUGGUCUGAUUUCAUCUUGCACCUGACUUGUUUCUCUAGAGGUGAGUUCUGGUCUGGAAGAAGAAUUUUGUGGAGGGCUGGUGGAGUUGCCCUGUUUGAUGAUGGCAGUAAGAUUUUUACCAUCUAACUAUUUUGAUGUACUUCAGAUCGACUUGCAUUUCUCAGUCAUAUGACCGUGCUUUGGUCUUGAUCCCACAGCCAGUUUCACAUGGUUGAAAUUCAAUCCAUGUGAAGGAUGGUGGAUGUUGUAGAGGUUCUGUGUGAGUAUUGAAAGCUUGCAGACCACCAAGAAGACAUUUUGGCAACACUGGAUCCAAACUCGCUUUUCUUCACUCAGACAAAUUUCCUUUUUGGAUUUCCAUGGAAGAAGCACACAAUGAUUUAAUUUUUUGAGCCAGCCAUAUGCUGAGGAUGAACAGAUUUAAAGUGCAACAACAGAGAUUGGGGUUAGAUGUUGGGAACAACUUUAUGAGGACAGAGGAAUUAAGGCACUGAAGUAAUUUCUGUGGGAAGUGGGCAGUUUUGCCGAUGGUAGAAGUCUCAAAAUGUGAUCUGAGCAACCAUGUCAGGAAUGACAUGGGAUGGCUGAUCGUGUCUUGGUCAUGGGAAAGACCAGGGGGCUUUCUGAUGUCCCCUGCAAAACUGCUGUUCUAAAAAGCUGUGAAUAGCUGAAUUAAUUGAUAUGUUAAUUAUCUAUUCAUGUACUGUUUUUUUCGACUGCCAAGAUCCACAUCUGAAUUUUCAUAGAAUGGAUCAAAAUCCUUUAAAAUGUUCAAGACUUUUCCUCACAGUCAGUUUUUCAGUUUAUCUGGAAUCCGGUCAUUUGGAUAUCAACAAGUUGGGCUGCUGCUGUCCUUCAGCAGCUAAAGCCUAAAGUCUCUGCUGCAACAUACCAAUUUACUUGCAAGUUAAUCCACCGUCAGACUUGAAUUUUACAAUUAUAGAUGAACAUAAUGUUCAAAUGUCAUGGAAAAGGCCACCAGAUGCAAUAGUGGGUUACAGGAUAACUGUGGUUCCUACAAAUGAUGGACCGACUAAAGAAUUUACUCUUUCACCUAGCACAACCCAAACUGUCUUAUCAGAUCUUAUACCUGAAAUAGAGUAUGUUGUAUCAAUAGCUUCAUAUGAUGAGGUAGAGGAGAGUCUACCUGUUUUUGGCCAACUAACAAUUCAGACAGGUGGUCCAGGCAUACCAGAAGAAAAGAAGGUUGAAGCUCAAAUACAAAAAUGCUCCAUAAGUGCAAUGACAGAUUUAGUUUUCCUGGUAGAUGGUUCAUGGAGUGUAGGGAGAAAUAACUUCAGAUAUAUUCUGGACUUCAUGGUUGCCCUUGUAUCAGCUUUCGACAUUGGGGAAGAAAAGACAAGAGUUGGAGUUGUUCAGUACAGUUCAGAUACAAGAACAGAGUUCAAUUUAAAUCAGUAUUUCAGAAGAAGUGAUCUUCUUGAUGCAAUUAAAAGGAUACCUUAUAAAGGUGGCAACACAAUGACAGGUGAAGCUAUUGAUUACCUGGUUAAAAACACUUUCACUGAGUCAGCUGGAGCAAGAAAAGGCUUUCCCAAAGUUGCAAUUGUCAUUACGGAUGGAAAAGCUCAAGACGAAGUUGAAAUUCCUGCAAGAGAGCUUCGCAACAUAGGAGUUGAAGUUUUUUCUUUAGGAAUCAAAGCAGCAGAUGCAAAAGAACUCAAGCUAAUUGCAUCUCAGCCUUCACUGAAACAUGUGUUCAAUGUGGCUAAUUUUGAUGGAAUUGUAGAUAUACAGAAUGAAAUUAUAUUGCAAGUGUGCUCUGGAGUGGAUGAACAGCUGGGUGAACUGGUUAGUGGGGAAGAAGUGGUGGAGCCUGCUUCAAAUCUAGUAGCCACUCAGAUCUCCUCAAAAUCUGUUAGGAUCACUUGGGAUCCAUCCACAAGCCAAAUAACUGGCUAUCGGGUACAGUUCAUCCCAAUGAUAGCUGGUGGAAAACAACAUGUGUUGAGUGUGGGUCCUCAGACUACUGCUCUGAAUGUUAAAGAUCUCUCUCCAGACACAGAGUAUCAAAUCAAUGUUUAUGCAAUGAAAGGACUGACCCCCAGUGAGCCGAUAACUAUAAUGGAAAAAACACAACAAGUCAAAGUUCAAGUGGAGUGCUCACGUGGUGUGGAUGUAAAAGCUGACGUUGUGUUUUUAGUGGAUGGCUCCUACAGCAUUGGUAUCGCCAAUUUUGUUAAAGUAAGAGCCUUUUUGGAAGUGUUAGUUAAAAGCUUUGAGAUAUCGCCUCGAAAAGUACAGAUAAGUCUUGUCCAGUACAGCAGAGAUCCCCAUAUGGAGUUUUCUUUGAACAGAUAUAACAGAGUGGAAGACAUAAUUCAAGCUAUUAACACCUUCCCCUACAGAGGUGGAUCUACCAACACAGGCAAAGCGAUGACAUAUGUGAGGGAGAAAGUAUUUGUUACCAGCAAAGGAUCAAGACCAAAUGUGCCAAGAGUCAUGAUUCUUAUCACUGAUGGAAAAUCAUCAGAUGCUUUUAAAGAACCUGCAAUAAAGCUGAGGGAUGCAGACGUAGAAAUAUUUGCAGUUGGUGUGAAGGAUGCAGUGCGUACAGAGUUAGAAGCAAUUGCAUCACCUCCUGCUGAAACCCAUGUUUACACAGUGGAAGAUUUUGAUGCUUUCCAAAGAAUAUCAUUUGAACUUACACAGUCUGUCUGCCUACGGAUUGAGCAGGAACUGGCUGCAAUAAGGAAAAAAUCUUACGUACCUGCAAAGAACAUGGUCUUUUCUGACGUAACAUCUGACAGUUUCAAAGUGAGCUGGUCUGCAGCUGGAUCUGAGGUUUUGUCCUAUCUCAUUAAAUAUAAAGUAGCAAUCGGCGGAGAUGAAUUCAUUGUUUCAGUCCCAGCUUCAAGUACUAGCUCAGUUCUCACCAACUUGCUGCCUGAGACUACUUAUGCAGUCAGUGUGAUUGCUGAAUAUGAAGAUGGCGAUGGCCCUCCUUUGGAUGGAGAGGAAACCACGUUAGAAGUUAAAGGUGCUCCUCGAAACUUAAGGAUAACAGAUGAAACCACUGACAGCUUUAUAGUUGGCUGGACUCCAGCUCCAGGAAAUGUUCUAAGGUACAGGCUUGUAUACAGACCACUUACUGGAGGAGAAAGGAGACAAGUGACUGUCUCAGCAAACGAAAGAUCGACUACUCUGCGGAACUUGAUUCCAGAUACAAGAUAUGAAGUGUCUGUUAUUGCUGAGUAUCAGUCUGGGCCUGGCAAUGCACUGAAUGGAUAUGCAAAAACUGAUGAAGUUCGGGGAAAUCCAAGAAAUCUGAGAGUUUCUGAUGCUACAACAUCAACAAUGAAGCUGUCUUGGAGUGCUGCUCCUGGCAAAGUGCAACAGUACUUUAUAACUUACACACCAGUCGCAGGAGGUGAAACUAAGGAAUUGACUGUGAAAGGUGACACUACCUCUAAAGUGCUGAAAGGUUUAGAUGAAGCCACUAGGUAUGCAUUGACUGUGUCUGCCUUGUACGCCUCUGGAGCAGGAGAAGCCCUUUCUGGAGAGGGAGAAACACUUGAAGAACGUGGUUCGCCUCGCAAUUUGAUUACCACAGACAUAACUGACACAACAGUUGGGUUAUCAUGGACACCAGCUCCAGGAACAGUUAAUAAUUAUAGGAUAGUGUGGAAAUCACUUUAUGAUGAUACAAUGGGAGAGAAGAGAGUCCCUGGAAAUACGGUGGAUGCAGUGCUGGAUGGCUUGGAGCCAGAGACUAAAUACAGGAUUUCAGUAUAUGCAGCCUACAGCAGUGGAGAAGGAGAUCCUGUAGAAGGAGAGGCCUUUACUGAUGUGUCACAAAGUGCCAGGACUGUGACAGUAGACAACGAGACAGAGAAUACAAUGAGAGUUUCAUGGCAGCCCUCACCUGGGAAGGUCUUGUCUUACCGCGUGUACUACCGACCACGCAGUGGAGGAAGGCAGAUGUUUGGAAAAGUAAAUGCUUCUGCCACAAGCAUAGUGUUGAAGAGACUUAAGCCUCGAACUACAUAUGACCUCAGUGUUGUUCCAAUUUAUGAUUUUGGACAAGGAAAAUCAAGAAAAGCAGAAGGAACAACAGCCUCUCCCUUUAAGCCGCCUAGAAAUUUGAGAACUUCUGAUUCAACUAUGUCCAGUUUCCGAGUAACCUGGGAGCCGGCCCCUGGGCGAGUGAAGGGGUACAAAGUUACUUUCCACCCUACUGAAGAUGACAGGAAUCUUGGAGAAUUAAUUGUGGGACCCUAUGACAGCACUGUGGUUUUGGAGGAACUUAGGGCAGGAACUACCUAUAAGGUAAAUGUUUUUGGAAUGUUUGAUGGAGGAGAAAGCAACCCCCUGGUUGGACAAGAGAUGACCACUCUUUCAGACACUACCACGGAGCCAUUUUUAUCUAGAGGUUUAGAAUGUAGAACCAGAGCAGAAGCUGAUAUCGUGCUACUGGUGGAUGGCUCAUGGAGUAUCGGGAGGCCAAAUUUUAAAACUGUCAGGAACUUCAUUUCCCGUAUUGUUGAAGUUUUUGAUAUUGGUCCUGACAAAGUACAGAUUGGUCUUGCACAGUAUAGCGGAGAUCCCAGGACAGAAUGGAAUCUCAAUGCUUACCGAACGAAAGAGGCUUUGUUAGAGGCAGUAACCAACUUACCAUACAAAGGAGGCAAUACUCUAACAGGAAUGGCCUUGGAUUUCAUCUUAAAAAACAACUUUAAACAAGAAGCAGGCUUGAGGCCCAGAGCUCGCAAAAUUGGUGUUCUCAUUACUGAUGGUAAAUCACAAGACGACGUAGUGACCCCUUCAAGAAGACUCAGAGAUGAGGGAGUAGAACUUUAUGCAAUUGGUAUUAAAAACGCAGAUGAAAAUGAAUUGAAGCAAAUUGCAACAGAUCCAGAUGACAUCCAUGCCUACAAUGUUGCAGAUUUCUCCUUUCUGGCUAGCAUUGUUGAAGAUGUAACCACAAAUUUGUGUAAUAGCGUGAAAGGUCCAGGUGAUUUGCCACCUCCUUCUAACCUAGUUAUUUCAGAGGUAACACCUCAUUCUUUCAGACUGAGAUGGAGUCCACCUCCAGAAAGUGUUGACAGAUAUCGAGUUGAAUAUUACCCUACCACUGGAGGUCCCCCUAAACAGUUUUAUGUAAGUAGGAUGGAAACUACAACAGUUUUGAAAGAUCUGACACCUGAAACAGAAUACAUUGUUAACGUGUUUUCUGUGGUAGAAGACGAAAGCAGUGAACCUCUAAUCGGCAGGGAAAUAACUUAUCCACUGUCUUCAGUUAGAAACCUGAAUGUUUAUGACAUUGGAUCAACUUCUAUGAGAGUGAGAUGGGAACCUGUCAAUGGAGCUACUGGUUAUUUGUUAACAUAUGAGCCUGUGAAUGCCACAGUCCCAACCACAGAGAAAGAGAUGCGUGUUGGACCAUCAGUGAAUGAGGUUCAGCUGGUAGACCUCAUCCCCAAUACUGAGUACACUUUAACAGCUUAUGUAUUGUAUGGUGAUAUCACCAGUGACCCGCUCACCUCGCAGGAAGUGACAUUACCUCUGCCUGGGCCAAGAGGUGUGACAAUUAGGGAUGUUACUCACAGCACCAUGAAUGUCCUUUGGGAUCCUGCCCCAGGGAAAGUCCGAAAAUACAUCAUAAGAUACAAAAUUGCUGAUGAAGCUGAUGUAAAGGAGGUGGAAAUUGACAGACUCAAAACCAGCACUACUCUUACUGACCUUUCUUCCCAAAGACUGUAUAAUGUGAAGGUUGUUGCUGUGUAUGAUGAAGGGGAAUCUCUACCAGUAGCUGCAGAGGCUGUUACUCAGCCUGUGCCAUCACCAGUCAAUCUGAGAAUCACAGAGAUAACCAAGAAUAGUUUUAGAGGAACUUGGGAUCAUGGAGCUCCAGAUGUUUCUCUCUAUAGAAUAACCUGGGGACCAUAUGGUAGAUCCGAAAAAGCAGAGAGUAUUGUAAAUGGAGAUGUCAACAGUCUGCUCUUUGAAAAUCUGAACCCAGAUACAUUGUAUGAAGUCUCGGUUACUGCCAUUUAUCCUGAUGAAUCAGAAAGUGAUGACUUGAUUGGCAGUGAACGAACAUUACCCUUGGUACCUAUUACAACACCAGCUCCAAAGAGUGGUCCACGAAACCUUCAAGUGUACAAUGCAACUUCACACAGUUUGACUGUAAAGUGGGAUCCUGCCAGUGGUCGAGUGCAGAGAUACAAGAUCAUUUACCAGCCUAUCAAUGGAGAUGGCCCAGAACAAUCGACCAUGGUUGGUGGGCGACAGAACAGUGUAGUAAUACAGAAGCUGCAGCCUGAUACACCAUAUGCUAUUACUGUAUCAUCGAUGUAUGCGGAUGGUGAAGGAGGUCGAAUGACAGGACGAGGCAGAACCAAACCUCUCACUACUGUGAAGAACAUGCUAGUUUAUGACCCGACCACCAGUACUCUGAAUGUGCGUUGGGAUCAUGCAGAAGGAAAUCCUCGCCAGUACAAAGUGUUUUAUAGACCUACAGCUGGAGGUGCAGAAGAAAUGACCACAGUACCAGGAAACACAAACUAUGUUAUCCUCAGAUCUCUUGAACCCAACACACCUUACACUGUAACUGUGGUUCCAGUUUUCCCAGAAGGGGAUGGUGGACGUACAACUGAUACUGGAAGAACUUUGGAGAGAGGAACACCAAGAAACAUUCAAGUUUACAAUCCCACACCAAACAGCAUGAAUGUUCGAUGGGAGCCUGCUCCAGGUCCGGUACAGCAAUACAGAGUUAAUUACUCUCCACUAUCUGGCCCAAGACCAUCAGAAUCUAUUGUGGUACCAGCCAACACUCGUGAUGUGAUGCUGGAACGCUUAACUCCUGACACUGCUUACUCAAUAAAUGUUAUAGCUCUGUAUGCAGAUGGAGAAGGAAAUCCAAGCCAAGCGCAGGGAAGAACAUUGCCUCGCAGUGGGCCAAGGAAUCUGAGAGUGUUCGAUGAGACAACAAACAGCCUUUCUGUACAAUGGGACCAUGCUGAUGGGCCAGUCCAGCAGUACAGAAUCAUCUAUUCACCCACUGUGGGAGAUCCUAUUGAUGAAUAUACAACAGUUCCUGGCAUAAGAAAUAAUGUCAUACUACAACCACUGCAAUCAGAUACGCCGUAUAAAAUAACUGUUGUGGCUGUGUAUGAAGACGGAGAUGGUGGACAGUUGACUGGAAAUGGAAGAACUGUUGGCCUGCUUCCUCCUCAGAAUAUAUAUAUAACUGAUGAAUGGUAUACACGAUUCAGAGUUUCUUGGGAUCCUUCACCAUCCCCUGUUCUUGGCUAUAAAAUUGUAUACAAGCCUGUGGGUUCAAAUGAGCCCAUGGAGGUUUUUGUGGGGGAAGUGACAUCCUACACCUUGCAUAAUCUGUCUCCCAGUACUACUUAUGAUGUGAAUGUUUAUGCCCAGUACGACUCCGGAAUGAGCAUACCUUUGACAGAUCAAGGCACUACAUUAUACUUGAACGUCACCGACCUAACAACUUACAAAAUUGGCUGGGAUACUUUCUGUAUCCGAUGGUCACCUCACCGGUCAGCAACUUCCUACAGACUAAAGCUGAACCCAGCUGAUGGAUCCAGAGGACAGGAAAUUACAGUACGUGGAUCAGAAACAAGCCAUUGUUUUACUGGCCUCUCACCAGACACAGAAUACAAUGCAACUGUCUUUGUUCAGACCCCUAACCUUGAGGGUCCUCCAGUCUCUGUGAGGGAACAUACGGUCCUCAAACCUACAGAGGCACCAACUCCACCGCCUACGCCUCCUCCACCUCCCACAAUCCCUCCAGCUCGGGAUGUAUGCAGAGGUGCUAAAGCAGACAUAGUGUUCUUGACUGAUGCUUCCUGGAGUAUUGGUGAUGAUAACUUCAACAAAGUAGUAAAGUUUGUUUUUAAUACAGUAGGAGCCUUUGACUUGAUUAAUCCUGCUGGAAUCCAGGUUUCAUUUGUGCAGUACAGCGAUGAAGCAAAAUCUGAGUUUAAACUGAAUACAUUUGAUGACAAGGCUCAAGCCCUGGGAGCUCUUCAAAAUGUUCAAUACAGAGGAGGAAACACACGGACAGGCAAAGCCCUAACAUUUAUCAAAGAAAAGGUUUUGACUUGGGAGAGCGGCAUGAGACGAGGUGUUCCCAAGGUACUUGUUGUUGUCACAGAUGGUCGAUCACAGGAUGAGGUGAGGAAAGCAGCAACGGUCAUACAGCACUCUGGCUUCAGUGUCUUUGUGGUUGGUGUGGCUGAUGUGGAUUACAAUGAGCUGGCCAAGAUUGCCAGUAAGCCCAGUGAACGUCAUGUAUUUAUUGUUGAUGACUUUGAUGCAUUUGAAAAGAUUCAAGAUAACCUCGUCACCUUUGUGUGUGAGACAGCUACCUCAACUUGUCCUCUUAUUUACUUGGAAGGAUAUACUUCACCUGGUUUCAAGAUGUUGGAAUCAUAUAAUCUGACAGAGAAGCAUUUUGCUUCUGUGCAAGGUGUAUCACUGGAAUCAGGUUCUUUCCCAAGCUAUGUAGCAUAUAGACUCCACAAAAAUGCCUUUGUCAGCCAGCCAAUACGGGAGAUUCACCCAGAGGGACUGCCACAGGCAUACACUAUCAUCAUGUUAUUCCGUCUUCUGCCUGAAUCCCCCAGUGAACCUUUUGCUAUUUGGCAGAUUACAGACAGAGAUUACAAGCCACAAGUUGGAGUUGUGCUUGAUCCUGGCAGCAAAGUGUUGUCAUUCUUUAACAAGGAUACAAGGGGAGAAGUUCAAACUGUAACUUUUGAUAAUGAUGAAGUAAAGAAAAUCUUUUAUGGAAGCUUCCACAAGGUUCAUAUUGUUGUCACUUCAUCAAAUGUUAAGAUUUACAUUGACUGCAGUGAAAUACUGGAAAAGCCAAUUAAGGAGGCUGGGAAUAUCACAACUGAUGGCUAUGAAAUACUUGGGAAACUUCUGAAAGGUGACCGGAGAUCAGCAACAUUAGAAAUCCAGAAUUUUGACAUUGUGUGCAGUCCAGUUUGGACUAGCAGAGACAGAUGCUGUGAUCUUCCUUCUAUGAGAGAUGAAGCAAAAUGUCCAGCUCUUCCAAAUGCUUGCACCUGUACUCAAGACAGUGUGGGACCUCCAGGACCCCCUGGACCUGCUGGUGGCCCAGGUGCUAAAGGUCCUAGAGGUGAAAGGGGUUUGACUGGAUCAUCUGGGCCACCUGGUCCUCGUGGUGAGACAGGUCCUCCAGGUCCUCAAGGCCCUCCAGGUCCUCAGGGUCCCAACGGGCUUUCAAUCCCAGGAGAACCGGGUCGGCAAGGAAUGAAAGGUGAUGCUGGCCAGCCUGGACUACCAGGACGAUCAGGAACCCCAGGCUUACCUGGUCCACCUGGCCCAGUGGGACCUCCAGGUGAAAGGGGUUUCACAGGAAAAGAUGGUCCCACAGGUCCCAGAGGCCCACCAGGACCAGCGGGUGCCCCAGGAGUUCCAGGAGUUGCUGGUCCAAGUGGAAAGCCAGGGAAACCAGGAGACCGUGGGACACCAGGUACACCUGGAAUGAAGGGAGAAAAGGGUGACAGAGGUGACAUUGCUUCUCAGAACAUGAUGCGAGCAGUUGCAAGACAAGUUUGUGAACAAUUGAUAAAUGGCCAAAUGAGCCGAUUCAAUCAAAUGUUGAAUCAAAUCCCGAACGAUUAUUAUUCAAAUCGCAACCAGCCAGGGCCACCAGGACCACCUGGUCCUCCAGGAGCUGCUGGGACAAGAGGAGAGCCUGGACCUGGAGGGAGACCAGGAUUCCCAGGACCUCCUGGGGUCCAAGGACCACCUGGUGAAAGAGGAAUGCCUGGAGAGAAAGGUGAAAGAGGGACUGGAUCUCAAGGACCACGAGGUUUGCCAGGACCACCUGGUCCACAGGGAGAAUCCAGAACAGGUCCACCAGGCUCCACAGGAUCACGAGGACCACCCGGGCCUCCAGGUCGUCCUGGAAAUGCGGGUAUUCGAGGUCCUCCAGGGCCACCAGGAUAUUGUGAUUCAUCCCAGUGUGCUAGCAUUCCUUACAAUGGCCAAGGAUUCCCAGAACCAUACGUUCCUGAAAGCGGACCCUAUCAGCCUGAAGGUGAACCCUUCAUAGUCCCUAUGGAGUCAGAACGGAGAGAGGACGAGUAUGAGGACUAUGGAGUUGAAAUGCAUUCACCAGAGUACCCUGAGCACAUGCGCUGGAAAAGAUCGCUGUCAAGAAAAGCAAAAAGAAAGCCAUAAAAGAUCUGUCUUGUUUUGUGUUUUUUUCUUGGGGAGGGAGGGGGUUGAUUGGUGGUAUUGGUUUUGCUAUACUUGCAUUUGCAGAUACACACAGGGAGAGUGCAUCAUUUGUUUGGCAAUCCUAUGGCUUUCUGGUCUUCUCAUAUCAGACGCGCCCUUGUUCUGUAUCUUGCUUGUGUGGGGAUAGCAAUAUGUGUAACUAGCAACUUCGUUGUGCUCUGGACAUGCUUGUAAAAUACUAUUGCUUACAGGGGCUGCGUACAGGUUAAUAUCUGCAUUCAGUUAUCCCAGGGCUGCCUUUUCCUUAAAGUAAUGUUAAAAAAAAGAAAAAAAAAAAAAAAAAAAAAAAAAAAGAAAAAAAGAAGAAAGAAAACCAAAAAACCAAAACAAAAAUAACCACAGAGCUGCUGCAAGUUUUUUGAGGACUGUCUGCUUUAGCUCUACGUUUUUCUUCUUUUUCAAAUGCAUGUUUUCAGUUCAGUCAGGUCACAAGUCUGCAUUAUCUAGCUGAAUAAGAAAGAAGCCCAAACUUCUCUAUCCUUCCAAUAUCACUGUCAUUUUCUUCUAUUCUUAGUUACACUUUGCAGAGCAUAUACUGCUCUUAUACAUCUCCUUUAAACACCACAAACAUUAAGUAGCUGAAAUCUUUGUAUCAACUGGAUACAGUUUAAUAAUGCCUGAAAUCUCCUUGUUUGUAGACACAGCAACAUUUAUGCCAAAUUGCAGUCAAUCCUGCAGAGAUGGAAUUGCAUGUGUAUGUUGUAUAUUUAGUAUGGAAUUUGUUUUUCAGAAUACAAUGUUUCAUAGUUAUCGAAAGCAGUUGGAAAUUGUUUGCAAGACUAUGGAUAUAGAAUUGCUGCUUUUAUAUUUUAACUGCAAAUUGUGAAUUUCACUGCCUUAUAUUAUUUAUUUCUGAAAUGAAAGAGGCAUUUUUCAAUAAAACUACUGAAAAUUUA